UCAAAAAAAGAAUAAAAAUGGAAAGAAUGGAAUCGGGCCCACUUGUUGGGACAGGGGCCCAAAAGAUGGAGUGGGACCAAGUAGAAAGUGGACCCCACGUCACAACUAAUCCAUGCGUCCCACCGUGUCCGACUGCGUGCCUUGGGGAGGGAGUGUGUUUUAUUUUUAUUUUUAAAAAUUAGUUAUUAUUCCUCAUCGGUUUCUCCCUCUCUUUUCCUUUCCUCAGCCCACCUCUCUUCUCAAACCCUAAAACUUCCUCCUCCCGAUCAAAGCCCUAAAAACAGCCCCCAUCCCCCUUUCAUUCCUUCCUCCUCUGAACCCAAAUCACUGUAUUUCAACUAUGGGAUCGGAGAUCGUUCUACAUAAAUUCCCCUCUACUUCCGACCACAAUUCGCAGCCCACCGCUUCUCACUCAGUCGUCGGUAGUAACUCAUCUCUAGCCAACAUCACGCCGCAAGCCGUCGUCCCUCGCAAAUCCACCACCUCCUUAUCCUCCAGGGACCGCCACACCAAGGUCAACGGAAGAGGGCGGCGCGUCCGUAUGCCGGCCCUCUGUGCCGCCCGCAUCUUUCAGUUGACGCGCGAGCUCGGUCAUCGUUCCGAUGGUGAGACCAUCGAGUGGCUUCUCCGUCAGGCUGAGCCCUCCAUCAUUGCCGCCACGGGUACUGGUACUGUUCCGGCAGCUCCCAUCUCCACUCUCUCCCCGGCUAUGGCUUCGUCCGCUCGGUCCAUUUCUUGUAGGGUUCAGCCAUUGACGGUGGGCGGCGGUGGACAGGGGAUGUUCGCGAUGCCACCGCCGAGCUGCCGUCUGGAUUUAUGCCAGCCUGUCGGGAUGGAGUACUCUGCUGUUGGCAAUGAUUACCGCCACAUGCCGUUCACGGCGUUGUUGUUGCAGCCGUCGACGGCGGAGGAGGCGGAGGAGAGACAGGAGGAGGAGGUCUUCAGAGAAUAAUAGAAAAUUGAAAGGAUCAAACAGACACAGACAGGAGUCUUAAAUUGCAGUAUGGAAAAUUUACCCUUUUUUAAGCUAUUCUCCGUUCUCCUUCCUCUUGUUCUGGUCGUGGCUGGAAUUUGUAAAGGGAAGAAGAAACUGUAAAAUCUUCUACUGCUAUGGAAAUUCGAUUUUUUCUUUU